AUGCCGCCGAGCCGACCGAGCACCGACGCGACGAGCGGUCUCGUAGCGUACCGGGCGGUGAUGGCCUUAAUUCGUCCUUCCGGUGACGGCGCCGCGGAGGACAUCGACGCCGAGUUCGAGGACCUGAGCGCGAUCGCGCGCGCGCUGAACCCCGCGGUGUCGCGCGACGCCCUCGGGUGGGGGCUCGAGGCGUGGGUCGCGCAGUGGCUCCCGCGCGUCGGCGGAUGGGAAGAACGAGACGAAGAGCUCUCUCCGACGGUGAGAAAAUACGCCGUUCACGCGGAGGACGUGCUUCGCGCGUCGUCGUUCGAGCGUGCGUCCGAUCCGCGCGACCGUCGCGCGCUUCCGUUCCGCGCGUACGGCUCGUGGAUCGGCGCGCGGACGUCCGGACGCGACGCGCUCGUCGACGCCGCCGCGAGGUUGGCGAGAGAGGCGGCGAGGGAGGAGUUACACGUCGCGAACCGCGGCGAUCUGUUUCGCGCGCCGGCGGACGGCGGGCGCCCCGACCUGACGUCCAUCAACCGAGUCAUGCUCGCGAGCGCGCUGGACCCGCUCGCGUUCACGCGCCGCGCGGGCGAGGUGGAGAUCGUGUGA